AUGACCCUCGUCUACAUGUUUAACACGUAUUUGGACCUUCGUCAACACCGUAAAUUGCAUGAAAGACAGUUUCCAAAACCUCUCGAAGAUGCAAUUCAAGGGCUUGGGAGUUAUAACGUUAAAACAACGGAAUCAGAAUCAGACAAGGAAUCAGAAGCAGAAACGACAUUGUUAGCUGCUACUAAGGCUAAAUUUGACAAGAGUCGUGCUUAUGGACUGGAUAAGAGCACAUUUGGGCUUGUAAGUGGUGCUUACAACCAAUUGGAGGCCACAAUUUUUCUAUUAUUGGGCUAUUUGCCCUUUAUGUGGACUCUUAGUGGUCACGUCCUAAAGUCUUUACAUUUAGACGCUGAUAAUGAGAUUUAUCGAGCUUUAAUGCUACUGGUACUUACGACGAUUCGAGAUACGAUCGUGGGUGUCCCUUUUGAUCUCUACUCGACAUUUGUCGUAGAAGCUCGUCAUGGGUUCAAUAAACAGACUUUGGGACUCUUUAUCAUGGACAAGAUCAAAUCAAUUGGUCUCUUUAUUGCCAUUGGAUUUCCAGUGACUGCAGUAUUGAUUUAUGUUAUUCGAUGGGGAGGAGAGUACUUUUACAUGUACGUCUGGUUCUUCCUCUUUGUCUUUUCUGUGGUCAUGAUGACGCUCUAUCCAGUGCUGAUUAUGCCGCUAUUCAACAAAUUUACACCAUUGGAAGAAGGUGAACUUCGCACGCGCAUCGAAGCGCUGGCAGCAAGUCUUCAUUUUCCAUUGACCAAGCUUUUUGUCACGGAUGGAUCUAAACGCUCGAGUCAUAGUAAUGCCUACUUCUUUGGACUAUUUAAGAGUAAGAGGAUUGUGCUCUUUGACACUCUCUUGAAGCAAGCGACAUACGAUGAGAUUGUUGCCAUUUUAGGCCAUGAGCUUGGACAUUGGCAGCUUUCGCACACUGCACAAAGCUUUGUGAUCCAGCAGGUUUACAUUCUGGCCUCGUUCUAUAUGUUUGGCCUCUGCAUGAAUGAUGCCGAACUGUUUGCAAGUUUCGGGUUUGUAGGGGACUCGGCUAAGCCUGUUAUCAUCGGCUUUCUGCUCUUUUCACAGACCAUGUGGGCUCCGAUCGAGCACGUGCUGUCGUUUUUGAUCACUCUGAACACGCGCAGAAACGAGUUCCAGGCAGAUGCGUUUGCCGUGGACCUCGGCCAUGAUGUUGCUCUCAAGUCGGGACUCACCAAGCUCGCAAUCGAGAACUUGUCCAACAUGAACCCUGAUGUGCUGUACAGUGCGUACCACUACAGCCACCCGCCUCUAGUUGAGCGUCUGAAUGCUAUCACAGAGCGUGCCAAGAAGUUACAGUAA